AUGGACAGUGACGAAGACGACGUCUCCUCUGGAUCCUACAUUUCCGAGUCCAGCAGUGAAUUCCAAAAGCCCAAAGCAUCGUCAGCCAAGCAGCAAUCUUAUCUAGACGAAUCGGAUUCUGAUGCCAUUUCCGACUCGGAUGAAGAGUCGUCUAGGCCUCCUCCCAAGAAGAAAGCCCAGGAUGAGGAUGAGUUGGACGAUGAUGACUAUGAUGACGACUAUGAUGAUGGGAUGGUUUCCGAUUCAGACGAAGAGUCGGCACCCGCCAAGAAGCAGAGCUCUUAUGACGAUGACGACGUCGAUGAUGGUGAUAAUAUUUCUGAUUCUGACGACGAAGAGUCCUCUCGGGUACCACCCCAGAAACAGCAUGCUUCAGGCGACAUGGAUGAUGAGCCUGAUGUGAUUUCUGAUUCAGAGGGAAACAUAUCGGAUUCAGGAGACGAAGGAGGAGACGACAAUAGAGCAGCUGAUCUUGACAGCGGGUCCGAAGUGGACGAUGGUAGUGACGUUGACAUGGGAGGUGGAGAUGAGGAUGAGGACGCCAUCUCAGAUUCAGACGAGGGAGACCCAGUCGCAAACAAUAAAGCAUCGGCAGAUGAUGACGAUGUAGACAUGGGAGGUGGAGACGAGGAUGAGGACGCAAUCUCAGACUCGGACGAGGAAGAUCCAGUCACAAACAACAAAACAACAGCGGAUGAUGAUUUAGACAUGGGAGGUGGAGAUCAGGAUGAGGACGCCAUCUCAGACUCGGACGAGGAAGAUCCAGUCGCCAACAACAAAACACCGGCGGAUGAUGACGAUUUAGACAUGGGAGGUGGAGACGAGGAUGAGGACGCAAUCUCAGACUCGGACGAGGAAGAUCCAGUCACAAACGAAAAAGCACCGGCAGGUGAUGACGAUGUAGACAUGGGUGGUGGAGACGAGCAUGAUGGAGACCAGGAUGAGGAAUCCAACUUAGACUCGGACGAAGACGACAAAUCACUGGAACGGGGGCUGCAACGCCAGGAGAGCACUGCGUCAGUCUUGAAAGAUAGCGAUUCCUCCUAUUCGGAGGAACUAUCGGGUCAUGACGACGAAGAAGAAUUCAGGAACCCCGUUGAUCGGGAAGCCGAUGCCCCUGUUCCAGCGUACAAAGAGAAACCACCAACUCCUCCCAAGAAGGAAGCAGAGGAGCCAGCGACAACAUCGCCCAAAAAGAAGUCAGUGCUGGACUCGACAGCGAAUAUGAGAGUGAUGAAGCACCACGAAUAUGAGAGUGAUGAUAGCACCAGUGAAAAAAAAAAAGCUGCCUCCUGCACCGCACCACCCAAAAAGAAGUCAGUGCUAGACUCCGACAGCGAGUAUGAGAGUGAUGACAGCACCAGCGAGAAGAAAAAGACCAAAGCUACGACUCCUGCACCAAAGUCACCACCUAAAAAGAAGUCAGUGCUGGAUUCAGAUUGUGAAUAUGAGAGUGAUGACAGCACCAGUGAGAAGAAGACAAAAGCUGCAGCCCCUGCUCCAAAAUCAUCUCCAAAGAAGAAGUCAGUGCUAGAAUCAGACAGCGAAUAUGACAGUGAUGACAGCACCAGUAAAAAGAAGGCAAAAGCUGCACCCCCCGGGCCGUCAAAAAAGAAGUCAGUGCUGGAUUCAGAUAGUGAAUAUGAGAGCGAUGAUAGCACCAGCGAAAAGAAAAAGGCAAAAGCCACAGCUCCUGCUCAAAAAUCACCGCCAAAGAAGAAAUCAGUCCUGGAAUCCAGUGAUGAGGAGAGUGAUGAGAGCACCAGUGAGAAGAAAAAGGCAAAAGCCGCAGCUCCUGCUCAAAAAUCACCGCCAAAGAAGAAAUCAGCCCUGGAAUCCAGUGAUGAGGAGAGUGAUGAUAGCACCAGUGAGAAGAAAAAGGCAAAAGCCACAGCUCCUGCUCAAAAAUCACCGCCAAAGAAGAAAUCAGCCCUGGAAUCCAGUGAUGAGGAGAGUGAUGAAAGCACCAGUGAGAAGAAGACAAAGGCAACAACACCUGCACCGAAACAGAAACCGAAGUCUUCACUUGACGACUCUGACAGCGACGAAGAGAGUUCAAGUACAGGUGGCAAAGCCAUUGCAACAACCAGGGAGAAACCAAGCCCGAUCGGUGACGAUACCAACGAAUCACGGGGAGAAGCGCAACUGUGUUCCGCCUGUGGAGCGAAAGCUGCAUACUUCACUGGUGGAAUGUCCACUUGCUCUGCAUGCCACAACGUCUCGUUUCGCGCAUCCUGGACUGGCGACAAAGGAAAAAUUGACAAGGAAACCCUGGAGGACACGGCAGAAGAAUGUCAUGCUUGUGGGAUGGAAUCUGAUUAUGUUUCUGAGGGAAUGAUAUACUGUUCCGCUUGUCAUGAAAUUCCGUACUGUUCGAUUGAAUGUAAACAGUGGCACUGGAAUGAGGGUCACAAGAAAGAGUGCACGGGGAUCGCAGACGAUGAACGCAGGGUUUCGGUCGCUUCAUCUUCACUCGGUAUCAUCAAAGAGGAAGAUGAGGGCUCUGAGCAGUCAAUUGAUGCAUUUGAUCCUGGAGCGGAAAAUGCGUCAAACGAACCUCAAUCGGCACAGGGAGUGAUGGCUGCUUUGGCCAAAGCUCGCGCUGAAGCCACUGCCAAAACAGAACAACAGAGCAGCCCCGCUGCAACGGCGAAAUCUUGUCAGUCGUGUGGAACUCAGGAGGAAUUUGCCCCAGAUGGCAUGAAAACAUGUGUUAGAUGCUUUGAAGUUACAUAUUGCUCUGUUGACUGUAUGGAAUGGCACUGGGUCCAAGGUGGGCAUAAGAUGGUUUGCAAGGGUGCCACAGAGGCUGAACGAAAAGGUGCUCCUUUGACAACCAGCAGCAAUGAUUCUGAUGGCUCAAUUGAUGCCUUCGGAGGGCCCGAAGAAGUUGGCGCACCUGAGUCUAAGGAGGGACUUCUUGCUGCCCUUGCAAAAGCUCGUGCAGAGGCACAAAGCAAGGCACAAGCUGCCUCCAUUCCAAAGGACAAGUGCAAGGCAUGUGGGCCCGAAGAAGUUGGCGCACCUGAGUCCAAGGAGGGACUUCUUGCUGCCCUUGCAAAAGCUCGUGCAGAGGCACAAAGUAAGGCACAAGCUGCCUCCAUUCCAAAGGACAAGUGCAAGGCAUGUGGUGUGGAGAAGGAAUUUGUGCCAGAUGGAAUGAUUAUGUGUUCAAAGUGUUCUCAGGUCCCCUAUUGCUCUGUUGAUUGUAUGGAAUGGGAUUGGGAAGGUGGUGGGCACAGCCACUCCUGUGGUGGGGUCAGCGUGCCUGAACGAACUAGAAGCUUGCAAAAGCCAACCCACACUGGGAAUGAUUCCGAAGGCUCCAUAGUUGCAUUUGAUCCCAAUGCUGAGGCUUCAGGCGGCCCCAAGUCAAAGGAAGGUGUUUUGGCUGCGCUUGCAGCAGCGCGAACACAGACUGCUGCUGCAGCAGCAAAGAAACCAGCUCCAAUGUCAACAAUGAAAGCUUGUAUUUCCUGUGGGAUGGACAAAGAGUUUGUCCCUGAGGGGUUGCAGACUUGUCCAAAGUGUUCGCAGGUCCCUUAUUGCUCGAAGGACUGCAUGGUGUGGCAUUGGAACAGUGGGGGGCACAAGGAUGAAUGUACGGGGACAUCAACAGGAGGGGGGCACACAAUCAACCAGGCCCCCAGCCAUGAUUCGGAAGGAUCAAUAGACGCAUUUGAUCCUAACGCUGCCAACGCAAAGCCUCAAUCCAUCAUGGCUGCUCUGGCCAAAGCGCGAGAAGAGGCGGCGGCAGCGACUGCGUCAUCCUCUAAGACUCCAUCAUUGGCCAAGCCGCGAGGAAUCGUUCAACAGUCAGAUCUCGUAGAGUGCAAGGCCUGUGGCAUGGAUGAAGAGUUUGUGUCGGAAGGCAUGAGAAGCUGCCCUCGAUGCAAAUUGGUGCCAUACUGUUCUCUCGAUUGCAUGUCGUGGCACUGGGAGGUUGGAGGACACAGCAAAGAGUGUCCGGGUUUGUCUGAUGAUGAACGAAACACCAACAGUAUCUCCAACGCAAAGGUUAGGGACGACAAUUCCAUUGAAGCUUUCUCGCUGAAAUCAGAUGGUGCUGGAGCUCCUCCUACUAAAGCUGCAAUCAUUGCUGCACUUUCCAGGUCAAAGGAUGGACCGGUCAAGUGCAAGGCUUGCGGCAUGGACAAGGAGUUUGUGCCAGAAGGAAUGCAUAUGUGCCCUAAGUGCAGAACUGUGCCGUAUUGCUCCGAGGACUGCAUGAAAUGGGAUUGGAAUUCAGGUGGCCACAAGAGUAGCUGUCCUGGUGCUUCCGUUGCCGAUAGGAGCAAGGACAGAGCAGUUGUGCUGCCCGACGAUGGUGAUGAUGGCUCCAUAGAGGCCUUUGGUGGCCACGAGGAAGCUCCUCAAGGCAAAGAGGGGAUUCUCGCGGCUCUCUCCAAGGCACGGGCUGAGGUUGCAGCAAAGCCGCCUGCCAUCCCCUCCAAAUGUGAGGCAUGUGGGACCGAGGCAGAGUUUGUCCCGGAAGGAAUGAAGACAUGCCCCAAGUGCAAUGGAGUUUCAUAUUGCUCAGAUGACUGUAUGAAAUGGCAUUGGGGAAGUGGAGGGCACAAAGACAAGUGUCCAGGUGUUUCAGUUUCAACAGCAGAAAAGAAGAAGGACAACAUGCUGGUGGUUCAUUCCGGUGGUGAAUCCGAUGGCUCUAUUGAGGCAUUUGAUGCUGGUGCGGGGACCGGGAAAGCACCGCAAUCGCAAGCGGGUGUACUAGCGGCGCUUUCCAAGGCUCGGGAAGAAGCAGCAGCCAGCAAGGCUCCUUCUAGUGCACUCCCAUUGCAGGGAGCGACGAGCAGCCCCCCGCCUGUUCGGGACCAGAUAACAGCCGGGGCACCUGCGCAAAACACUCAAUACAUUCCCCAGCAGGGAAUGCUGGUUGCACCUCCGAGCAGUUCUCCAUCUAUUCGGGAACAGAUAACUGGCGGCAGGGCACCUCCGAGCAGCACCCAGCCUCUUCGAGACCAAAUAACCGGCAUGGCACCUGCAAGCAGCGCGCCUGCGUAUGACACUAACAUGCUGAAGUUGGAACUCGAACGCACGAAGCGACAAUACAACGAUGCUAUGCUUUCGAAGGCUGCACUGGAGCGAACGCUGAACGAUAUCACCAAAGCUGCCGCAGUGCCUCCCCGUAACCAGCCUGCUGAAAGUCACGAUGGGAUUAGCCAAUCAAUUGAUAGCUUCCUGAGGAGACUUGAGGGUCUCCUUGAGGCGGAUCGUACAGUUCUGAACAAGACUCAUUCCCAAGUAGAAACGUUGACACAGCAAAAUGCUGUAGCUCCUGCGGGCGCUUUGGCACAAUCCGUCGUUGACCUGGAGGAUUCGAUUCAAGGCCUUGUCGCAAAGAGCAGACAGGCUGCAGCUGACAAGGACGCGCUCAAAAAGGCAAUCAAUGAGGCGGAAAUGAAGGCAUCGUUACUUCACGGAGCACCGACGACAGCCCGGGGCCACUCCUGGCGAGGACAGAACGCCACCCAACCUGUUGGAUCGGAUAGAGGCAAGGACGCGAUGAUGAGGGAUUUGAGUCACAAAUGGGAUGAUAUCGUCGCAGAAAGCGAUUACUUGAAAGCCCAGCUAGAUCAAACUACAAGAGAACGGGACCAAAUGCGGGCGGAGAAGGAGGCGACAGAGAGAGUUUUGCAGGAAAAAGAGGCCCUUCUCGCAGAGGUCUGCAAGACAAUUGUGGAUCUGGAAAACGAGGUCUCUCGUAUUUACGGGGAACAGAAGUCCUUGGAAUCUCAGAACGAGAAGCUGCGUCGUAGGCUUGACCAGCUCACGAAGGAACUCGCUCAGAUGCAUAUCGACAAGGAUGCUUCUGAUGAGCUCUUGCGGGAAAAGGAGGCGAUGCUGAACGAGCUCGCCCAGCUGGCGAUGGAGCUAGAAGCGCAAAUUUUGACGAUCGACGGGGAAAAGAAGUCUUUGCAAGGGGAUUUGCAGCAGGCUUUCUCAGCGCUGACUAAGCACAGAGAAGCAAAGGACCGGUUAGAAAAGUCGUUCACUCACGCCGAAAAGGAAAUUCGCGGGCUUCGCUUAAAAAUCAACGAUGCUCUCCAGGCAACGAAUCCAGCAUACAGCAUCGGCUCUACUCUGAGCUCCAAGCCAGAAAUCCCGGUACACCAGGACUACUUCCGUCAGCCGGUAUAUGAAUCGGAUGCAAGAGACGAAGUUGGUGGCCCUACUCCCGCGAGAAACAAUACAUCGAAUACGCAAGGAGCCCCAUUUGCAUAUUCUGAUAGAGCGGCAGCUCUAAACUUGCCAUCGCAGAGGCAAGAUGCCAUCGGCCAUGCAAUACGACAGCGCACUGGAACACCACAAUAUUCCGGUGAAGUGAGGAGCGCAGCACCCAAACCGGAGCAGCCCCCGCUGAGACAAAACAUACCGGAACCCGCACCACAAACCGAGGAGUGGGUCCAUCCACCCCAACCGAAUCCACCCCAGCAGAGAGUGGCAGUGCCAGAACGCACUCUCCCACAUACGUGGACACCAGCCGCACCAAUCCGCCAAAGGGAUGGUGCGAAGGAGCCGAAGGGAAUACAAUUCACGCACGACUAUGGGAAACCCCUGCGACGUCAAGUUGCACCGCCCAUUUCUCGUUACUAUCAGAGAUCUGACCAAGAAUCCAACGCAAUCAAGAGAGAUCGUUUGCCCCCUGCACCUUCGUUCCCGCCGCCGCAAGUUGCCGCCAACUAUAUCUCAGCUCAGAAUGAUCCCCGACAAGCAGCGCCACCUCAAUACGCACCCAGCAGCAGAUCUCGGGACAAUUAUAGAGGCCGAGAUGCUGACAGGGCACGGCAAGUUGCACCUCCUGUCGUUGCUGCGAAUCCGCGACAAGAACAACCAAAGACUACCAAGAAAAGUACAAUGCGUCUCCCGCUAACGCCGACAGAACAACGAAUGGCGAUUAUUCAACAGAAAAUCGCGGAAAAAGUGGCAGCUGCAAGACGGGCCCCUGGGGCCACGUCGAAAAAAUCCCAAUCAAAGUACAGUCAACCAAGUGCACCUUCGCAAAGCUCACUGCGGCCUCAAUAUGGUAAGGCUCCGGCCUCCCGUUCUGACAACAAGAACAAGAAUGACAUCUUUCGGAAUCGACUUGAGGAGUUAGAACCACCCAGUCUUCGUCGUCCGAGUCAACUUUUGCACCAAACGACGGCCCCGUCUUACAGCCACUUGGCACCUAAACCUACCACCCGUGCCGCUGCAUACAAGCCACCGGCGCCGUCUGGGAGGAUGUAUGUGGUUGCUCAACCCCACCAUUCCUACCAGAACGCCCCAUCGCACCAGUAUCGCAGAGCUGACCCUUCGGGUGGGUACCGCCACCAAACGCCUCGAUUACCCAAGGAGAUUCCACAUGCACCACCACGCUACGUUAUCCAGAGCCCAUAUCCUGGAGGCCACCAUCACGUUGGUUACGCAUCGUCCUCGAGACCACAGCAGUAUGCCGUAACUCACCAUGUGGACCCCAAGAACCUCCAGAAAGUUCGAGAUGAACGGUGGCGCCAGGUGUUGAGUUCUUCGUCAGCUUUGAGUUAG